AUGUCCUUACCAGCCUCAUUUGACUUAACUCCAGAAGAUGCUAAAUUGUUGUUAGCUGCCAACGUCCACUUGGGAUCAAAGAACGUUCAAGUUCACAACAAGCCAUACGUUUACAAGACCAGACCAGAUGGUGUUAACAUUAUCAACAUUGGUAAGACCUGGGAAAAGAUUGUCUUGGCUGCAAGAAUCAUUGCAGCUGUGCCAAACUCAUCAGACGUUGCCGUGUGUUCAUCAAGAACCUUUGGUCAAAGAGCUGUCUUGAAGUUUGCUGCUCACACUGGUGCUACUGCCAUUGCUGGUAGAUUCACCCCAGGUAACUUUACAAAUUACAUCACCCGUUCAUUCAAGGAACCAAGAUUGGUUAUUGUUACCGACCCAAGAACCGAUGCUCAAGCCAUUAAGGAAUCAUCAUACGUCAACAUUCCAGUUAUCGCUUUGACCGACAUGGACUCACCAUCUGAAUACGUUGAUGUUGCUAUCCCAUGUAACAACAAGGGUAAGCACUCUAUUGGUUUGAUCUGGUGGUUGUUGGCCAGAGAAGUUCUCAGAUUGAGAGGAAUCAUUGCUGACAGAACCACUGAAUGGUCAGUUAUGCCAGAUUUGUACUUCUACAGAGACCCAGAAGAGAUUGAACAAAAUGCUACUGAAGAUGUUCAAGGUGAAGAAGUUGAAGAAGUCCAAGCCGCCGAAGCCGAGACUGAAUGGACUGGUGAGACUGAAGAAGUUGACUGGGCUGAAUCAGGAGCUACCCCAGCUGCUGAAGAUGCUGCUGCUUCAAACUGGUAA